CGGCUGCUCUUCGAGUCGGCCUUGGUACGCGGCGAGUGUGCGCGGACUCUGCACCGGCCGCGGAGCCGCCAUGGGCCCGCGGGGCCCCAGGCGCCGCGCAGCGCGAGCACCUGCCUAGAGCCAGACUUGAAGCUACAGGAUGGCUGACCAGGACCCUGGGGGCAUCAGCCCCCUCCAACAAAUGGUGGCUUCAGGCACUGGGGCUGUAGUCACCUCCCUCUUCAUGACACCCCUGGACGUGGUGAAGGUACGCUUGCAGUCUCAGCGCCCCUCGGUGGCCAGCGAGCUGAUGCCUUCCUCUAGACUCUGGAGCCUCCCCUACGUCAAAUUACCCUCCUCUCUCCGAUCUGCAGGGAAAUGCGUCCUAUACUGCAAUGGAGUCCUGGAGCCCCUGUACUUGUGCCCAAAUGGUGCCCGCUGUGCCACCUGGUUUCAGGACCCCACACGCUUCACGGGCACCCUGGAUGCCUUUGUGAAGAUCGUCAGACACGAAGGCACUAGGACCCUGUGGAGCGGCCUCCCAGCCACCUUGGUCAUGACUGUGCCGGCCACUGCCAUCUACUUCACCGCCUAUGACCAACUCAAGGCCUUCCUUUGUGGUCGAGCUUUGACUUCUGACCUCUACGCACCCAUGGCGGCUGGCGCACUAGCCCGCUUGGGAACCGUGACUGUGAUCAGCCCCUUGGAGCUGGUGCGGACAAAGCUGCAGGCUCAGCACGUGUCGUACCGGGAGCUGGGGGCCUGUGUCCGGGCUGCCAUGGCUCAGGGCGGCUGGCGCUCGCUGUGGCUGGGCUGGGGCCCCACUGCACUUCGUGAUGUGCCCUUUUCAGCCCUGUACUGGUUCAAUUACGAGCUGGUGAAGAGCUGGCUGAGCAGGCUCAGGCCGAAAGACCAGACCUCCGUGGGCAUCAGCUUUGUGGCUGGUGGCAUCUCAGGGACGGUGGCGGCCAUCCUGACUCUACCCUUUGACGUGGUGAAGACUCAACGCCAGGUCGCACUGGGAGCGGUGGAGGCUGUGAGAGUGACGCCCCUGCAUGCCGACUCCACCUGGCUGCUGUUACGGAGGAUCCGGGCUGAGUCUGGCACCAGGGGACUCUUUGCAGGCUUUCUCCCAAGGAUCAUCAAGGCCGCCCCCUCCUGUGCCAUCAUGAUUAGCACUUAUGAGUUUGGCAAAAGCUUCUUCCAGAGGCUCAACAGAGAACAGCCUCUGGGCUCUUGAAAGGAGCCAGGGGACAAGGAGCCCAUCUCCUCCAUGGGUGGGGGUGAGGCAGAAGGAGACUGAGCCAAGUGCCUUGUCCUCAGCACUGAGGGGAGGGGCCUCAUGUCCCUUGCCUCUCACCUAUGAGCUCCAGGGGUAGGGGGCUGCCCCUCUAGGUCUACCAAAGCCCCCCUACAACAGCUUUCUUCCUGCUGGUCCUCAUUCCCAAGCCCCAAGGAUAAUCACUUUUCCAGCCCCCCACCCUCCACCAAGUUCAAGACCAAAUCUGAUAACUGCCCCCUCCCUUCCCACCACUUCCCUGUGUUUGCUGUAGCUGGGUCUGCCUCUGGGAGCCACAAAACCCUGGGCCUGGUGUAGUCUGCAUCCUUCCCUGUUAAUUCCUUGAGUCUAAAGAUGAUGAACUUCUC